UCAUUAUUUGCAUCAAGCGCCGCGCUCAUCCACUUUUACUUUCACGCUCUUCAGCAGAACAUAUUUCUUUCAGUUCGCCAAGAUGUUCAGUUCGCUCACCGGUUUGUGCAUUGGGAUUACAGUGUUAUUAAACAGCGGAUUUGUGGUUAUGAGAAGGCAGGACUCGUCCGGGGCUCUUGGCAGUAUUUUCCGUACGAGGUGCGCCGCCAGGUGCCUGAGCCUCCACAGCACGCGCAUCGCUCUCUCUCCAAAACAUUUCCAGAGUAAUGGAUCCCUUGGAUGGUGUCAGAGCCAUAAACAGUGUGCAAAGUGCCUGGAGCCAUGCAAAGACUCCUGGGAGUUGAAAGACGGACCUUGUCGAGAUUUAUGUGAGCACGCAUUUCCCAAGCGUCAUGGUGAGUGUGUGACGAGCUGUGAGUUCCUGCGAUCAGUAAUGGUGGUGAAACAGGGUGAUUGCCCGGCGCCAGAGAAAGCCAGUGGGUUUGAAGCUGCGUGUGUGGAGGGAUGUGAGGAAGACGGAGAGUGUUCAGCCCAGAAAAAGUGCUGCCCGAAUGGUUGCGGACACACUUGCCAGACCCCCAAGAACCUCUACAGGGGUGCUCCUCUGAAGCCCAGGAAGGAGCUGGUCUUUGAGGAGCUGGAAUCUGGCGUGUUGGAGGUACGCUGGUCCUCCAAGUUCAAUGUGUCAGCAGAGCCGGUGCUGAAUGUUCUGCAGAGGAGAUGGAACUACGGCAUCCACCCCAGUGAAGAUGGCGCCACAGAGUGGCAGGUAGUUGCACGGACAUCGGAGGAGCGUGUGUGGUUGACAGACAUCCGGCCUGGUCGCUGGUAUCAGUUCAGAGUGGCCGCAGUAAAUGUGCAUGGAACCAGAGGAUACACCACUCCAAGCAGACACUUCAGAUCCUCUAAAGAUCCUGCCUCUCCCCCAACACCCUCUGACCUUCAUAUCAGUGACAUGACCUUUGGUGUGGGUCACUCUGUGUCUGCCCGCCUCAGCUGGAGCUUGUUCGCAGACUUGGACAUCCCUGUGAAUCACUACAAACUCUCUUGGAGCUUGUCUGACCACACCAUGCUGCCCAAACUCAAAAGGAGACAGACUGCCAAUGGGGACUCUACUUAUGCUGAGCUGAAUGACUUGAGAGAGAACAGGAGUUACACGGUGGAGUUGCAGGCAGUUUCAUACUGGGGUCAGGUCCCCCUCAAGAGCUCCAAGGCCAUUCUUCAGUUUACUACAAGCCAGAGACAAUCUGAUUUGGAAGCCACAGUCAGCCCGGUCUUUGUAAAGCCCCAGUCAGAUCUGUUGGACGUGGGCACGCCAUUUUAUCAAGAUGGACAGCUUCAGGUCCGGGUCUACUGGAAAAAGAGAGAUUCCACUGUGAAUCAUUACCGUGUGCAAUGGUCUCCAGAGUUCUGCAGUCACAAUGGAUCCAAUACCCAGGAAAAGCUUAUCACCCAGGCGUAUUUUGCCAGCCUUCCAGGUCUUCAGUUCUCUUGCAAGUAUAAGGUGAUCAUCCAGCCUGUGGCGUCAAAGGGUCGAGCCCAGGCAGAGAGCACAACCUUCUUCACCCCGUCCUGUGCUACCAUCCAGAGCAAGAGCACCAAACCUAUCCCCUGCUCCACUGUCUCGGUAGUAGUUCCUCCAAAGGUCCUGGUCAAGGCGGAGAACCUGACAGCAGCAUUCUCGAUCUACAUGGGAAACGUGACAGGCCUGUUCUCAUGGGUGGUGGCAAUGUCUCAACCCCCACAGCAGGUCACAGGGUACCAGGUCACAUGGGCGGAGGUCAUCACAGAGAGCCGCAGAAAUAAUCUGCCCAACAGUCUCAUAUCCCAGUCUCAGAUUCUGCCUCCAGAGCGUAAUGUCCUAGUAGUGUAUAGUCUUCAGCCAAUGUCUCUCUAUAGGCUUGAAGUGCAGGUCAUCACUGCAGCAGGACAAGGCCCAGCAACAUCUAGAACCUUCCAGACACCAGCUCACAGCAAGCCAGUCCUGCAUUACAAACCCAGGAUUAAGAAACACCAUCUAAGGUCGGUGAUAGAACGGCACUGAAGACCACAUUGCAAUGAAUCAUCUAGAACCAGAACUGACUCCUCAGGAACACAGAGAACCAGAAGAACCAAAGAACAGCCAAUUGAAAAUUGCAUUUCAACCUGAGCCAGUCAGCUGCCUCAAACUCAACAUGGGGACCUGCUGUAAUCUGAAAAUCAAAUUGUGAUUGACCUAUGAUAUUUGAGGACCAAGUAAUUUCCUCUUUGGGGGUAGGAGAUUCUAUCACAAACUAAUUAGAAUAGAAUAUGCAACAAAGACUCAUUCAUUAAAAGCAAAAGUGAUUAAAUAAAAAUACAAAAAAAUAUGGAUUUAAAACUGUUACGUUGGCGUAGAUUACAACAUGCCUAAAAGACAUGCUGGUUACCUGCACCCUAAGCACUGCAAAUGGAGCCUUUUUUAAACCAAUGUUGCAUGUGAUGACUAAUUUGGUGUGACCUGUAAAUAAGCCUGACUCAAUAUAACUGUGUGUGGUUUUGCAUGUGUUCGUUAAGCAUGUGUUAUUAGCAACAAAUGAGGAAUCAAAGAAAAAUUAUUCCAACUCUUAAAGAAAAUGGCAUUUAACUUUAUGAUGGUUUUGUGUGGUGUGUGCUCAGUUUGCUGUAUAGAUAUUUGUUUGCCAUCAUGUAGUACCUGUAUAUACUAUAUGUUUUUUAUUUAUUUAUGUUUGCAGUACAAAUGUGUAAUGUGGGUUUGUAACUGUGUCUGAAUGUAAAGUAUGUGUCUGUGCAUAAAUUUGUGUAUGUGCAGGUUCCCCAGCAUCAUUCACCAACUUACAAACCCUUACAAGGAGAUUUAGUAUUAAAAUAUUUGUAAAUUCCCAUGGAUAAUGAAAAUUUAUGUACAUAUUUUAUAUGAUUAAAGCUGUUAAACCUUGU